GGCUCACACUCCUCUACGGCCGCGACUCCAGGAGUGGGGAAACAGAGAGCCGGUUCCUCUGCGGCAGAAGCCUUCGAGGUUCCUUCUCACAAGUCUGCGAAGGGGAAAGGGCUGUAAGACCCAACCAGACCCGAACUCCAGCACCCAACAGGAGGUGGCUGCUCCACACGCGGGAGGCCCCUUGGUUUCAGGGUCUCUCUCUCUCUCUCUCUCUCUCUCUCUCUCUCUCUCUCUCUCCUCUACUCCUCCAAACAUGUCCACCGGCUCCCUCAGCGAUGUGGAGGACCUUCAAGAGGUGGAAAUGUUGGAAUGUGAAGGACUGAAAAUGGACUCGAACAAGGAGUUUGUGACUUCCAACGAGAGCACCGAGGAGAGCUCCAACUGCGAAAACGGGUCUCCCCAAAAGGGCCGAGGCGGCCUGGGCAAGAGGAGGAAGGCGCCCACCAAGAAGAGCCCCCUGAGUGGGGUCAGCCAGGAGGGGAAGCAGGUCCAGCGCAACGCGGCCAACGCGCGGGAGAGGGCCCGCAUGAGGGUGCUCAGCAAGGCCUUCUCCAGGCUCAAGACCACCCUACCCUGGGUGCCCCCGGACACCAAGCUCUCCAAGCUGGACACGCUCAGGCUGGCGUCCAGCUACAUCGCCCACUUGAGGCAGAUCCUGGCUAACGACAAGUACGAGAACGGGUACAUCCACCCGGUCAACCUGACGUGGCCCUUUAUGGUGGCCGGGAAACCCGAGAGUGACCUGAAAGAAGUGGUGACCGCGAGCCGCUUAUGUGGAACCACCGCGUCCUGACCUUGGAGGUGCUAGUCUGGGAAAGGCGCGCUCCCGGCGGGGAGCGGGCCCCGCCGGGAAGGCGACCCCUGCCCUCCUUGCUCUCUGUCUCUGCUUCCCCCUCGCAACGCUCCUCUCUCUGUCCCACCCGCGGGAACCCUUUACAACGACGAGGAGAUUCGUUUCCAAACCAGAGGAGAUCAAUUGUACUUACAAAGAUUCCCAUCUAUUUAACUUUAUUAACUUCUACCGUGAAUGACUCUGCAAGCCUUGCUGGUCCAAGUGCAAUAUGUAAUUAUAAAUAUAUAAAUAGAUAAGAGCUUAUCAAUGUAUCUUUUGUACAAUAUGUUGUAAAAUGUAGAUCAUAGAAUAGCUGACUUUGACAGUCACAUUUAUAAAGUAAGUCACUUAAAGAUAUAUAUUUUUUUCAAACAAGUUUUGCUACUUUUGAAAAUAAAUCUUUCUCUAUAUUGCUAAAA